AAUUCAGAAAUUCUCAGUUUCAUUUGUUAAUUACUAAUGUUGUUGAAUGAAUUUGGAGAGGAGGCUAAAUAAAUAAAAUAAACAGUACAUUUAAGAGACAAAUAAUUACAAUGGGACCUUUGUCUGUCUACCGCUGGAAGGACUGUGGAUACAAAACAGUGUUUGUCUUUUUGCUGGGGGGAAAAAAAAGAGAAUUGUUGCUGUAAUAUGUGACAAAGUGCCUUUGACAGCAGUUUUCUAAUGAUGAUGUGAUUUAUGAUUUAAAAGGCCUGAACCAAUAUGGAAAUAUGGAUGUUAUUCCUUGCGUCAGACGUAUAGCACCAACACCUAAUUAGGUCUCACAGAGCCCAACUCCUUUGAUGAUGCAGUGUGUGUUUGGAGGUGAGUUGUGUGAUGGGGAUCAAAAACCAUGCAAGUGAAAGAGCUUUAGGCCACUGCCAUUUUUAUUUAUUUACUACUUUUUGAUGUAGAAAAAAAAAGAGAGAGAUCAUCAAAGCACUUUGAAUGUACUCUCUGUUUUAAAACGGGCGAAACAAAGCAGUACGCCCUUUUGACACUUACUAGUCUUUGUUCAGACAGUGCCACCUCCAGCAUAUCACACGUGUUAAAAGGGUCUACUGCUCCACUGAUAGCAGAAGUGCUUUUUGCUGGAGGCCCGAUGGUGGUGUGUUUUUAGUGAGAUAUUCACAGCUAUCAAAUGGUGUUGUGGUGGAGUUUUAUUUUUUUUUCUCCAUCUUCUAGAAAGAGAUGUAAAACUCUCACCCGAGGUCUUUUGAUGUCAGCUGUAGGGGUGCACCGAUGGGAGGGGUUAUUGGAACGUACCUCAGUCGUCGCGCUGUAGGCAGUUUGUGGUUCGUAACUUGUGUGGCGUACACGCACGCAAGAUCUACAACGGUGACAGUUACUUGUAAGUACCAACAGUCCUCAAAUUCACAUUUUUAUUUAAAUAAAUAAAAAUCCAGUCCUACAAUUAAAAAUAAAAAUAGUCUGCCAGUGCUCCUUUAUCCAGUCGAUCCGAUAGCUGAUUUAUAUCUAUCCAUUUGACUAGUAACGUUGAGCAUGCUUUUUUGGCUUUGGAAAUUUAAUUAAUUUCAGGAUGUCUUUUUGAAAGUCUAUAAAUAUGCAACCAGAGCUGACAUGGUGUGGACCGGAAGUUACCGUUGUGCUAGCAGUUGCUCUCGGCGCCCUUCUGUAUAGUUUUACAGCUCACAAACAGGGCAGAGCAAGGCGAAACAGAGAACAAUGAAUCUGUGACUUAAAGCUGGCUUUGUGCUUCGGUCUGCAGUCAUUGUAUUAGUCAUUAUACAGACUGGUACAGCCAAGCAUCGUUCUACUGGCACUGCUCAUUUUUAAACCGUAUAUUUUGUAGCAUUCUCGCAUAAAGCGGUGCGAUUGAUCGAACAGUUUCAGUGACAGAAGAACCAAGUCGUCGAUUUGAAAAGUGAGGGCUUGGAACAGAUUCUGAAAGGUGCGGUUUAGAAGCAUCUGCUGUGAGGGAAUGACAGUGGAGUGCUUGCUAGUCUCUUGCUAGCCAGUUGGGAUUUCAGUAAAAUACCCAGCUCUAUAAAUGGAGCGUAUAUAAAAAAAUAUAUCAUUACAUUACAUUUAUUUAGCAUAUGCUUUUAUUCAAAACAACAUACAAAACUGCAUUUCAUGGUCAUUGGACAACUACAAAACACAGGUUCAAUAAGGCACAAAUCAUCAUUUGCAUAAGUUCCUCUGGGAUAGAGUAUCUGUAAUAUUUGUAAUGUAAUAUUUGAGUGUAGACUAGACCCCUUACGUGGCAGUUAAAACCCUGCAGUGUUAGUGGGUUAUUUUGGCGUCCUUGUGGUAUUUCUGGUUGUCCAAGAGACUUUAUUUUAUAACAUUGGCCAGACUUCAUAAGAAAGUACGCUACACGGAACCGUGAAGCUAGCGGUGUUUAUGAAUAAGCCCAAUACCCUAAUUGUGCGACGGUCAGUAUUUUUAAUCAGGGUCACCAGGAUAUUUAACGAAACUAGGUUUAAACUGAGAGCUUGCUUUUCUUCGUUCUGUGUCACGGCUGUUCGUUUAAAAACAAACGGCUCUAUGAUUGUUAGUAUGGAUUUUCAAACGGAAGCUAUUAUCUGCCCUUAAAUGAAGCCGGCGAUUCCUUGAGCUUCGGGCUGCCGUGUUUUUUGUCCUGAUGCGCCCUCUAAUGGGUAGAGUGAGAAUGACAUUUGCGGUAAUGCGGCAGCAUUUUGGUUGUGCGUAUUAGACUAGUAUUCUGCCCUGGGUAUUGGACAAGAAAAUCGGUGCACCCCUAGUUAACAGCGUUUCUGUAAUUUUUUUUGUCCUAACAUUUCAAGUUUAUUUUGAUCCACAUAAAGGUGUUGCUGGGAUACCAGACAGGUACAUUAUUACUGUCAUUAUUAUUUUAAACACAUGAUUGAAAAUUUUUAACAGAUCACAUCAUGAAUCCACAUAUAAUUUUUUAAAAUUCAUUAAAUACAUUACAUGGUGUUUUAGAUAUUGGGGGAAACUUGGAUUUGACAUAGAGUUUAUGAUUUUGACGGGAAUUAAAUGUGCCAAGGUUUUUUUUUUUGUUGUUAAUGUUUUGAGUUGUUGAAAUCUUUAUUUCUUGAGUAAUUUGAAACUAAACAUGAGAAAGAAAGGGGGAAAAGAAACUUAAACUUUUUUGUGGCCUGUGUACUCAUUAUUGCUUGUUCGUCUUUUGCAAUUUAGAUAAAUGAUAUAAGAUUAAACUCAAGGUGGUUGAGUCUCGAGCGGUAGGCACUGAAGAAAGCCCAGGAAAAGGCCUCUCUCUGCAGGAGAGUUCGGGCGCUCCCGGAGGCCCCCCUGCGGAACGCACGGAAGACUCCGGAAGCUUUGGCUUUGUUGGUGUCGAUGCACUCUGUUCUGUGGAUCUUGUUGCAACCCCCCCCUCACCUCACCUCACCCACCCCCCUCCCUCAAAAAAAACAAAACAAAAAAAAUCGACUCAGUGACAUCGUAUCACGUUUGGGAGACGGAUGAGAGAAACUUCCCUCCACUGGAAAAAUUUCCCCAAAUGAAAUGAACCCGGACAGCAAGAUGAUGCAGAUAAACCUGACGGGGUUCCUGAACGGGAAGAACGCGCGCGAGUUCAUGAAGGACCUGUGGCCCCUGCUGCUGAGCGCCCAGGACAACAUCGCCGGCAUUCCCACCGCCUUCCUGGAGCAGAAGAAGGAGGAGAUCAAACAGAGACAGAUUGAGCAAGAGAAGUUGGCUUCCCUGAAGAAGAUGGAUGAAGAGAAGAAGGAGAAGGAAAACAAGGAAAACCGGGAGAAGGAUCAACCCAAAAGUCCCAGAAGGAAGAAGUCCAGAUCACCGUCACCACGGAGACGGUCCCCAGCGAAGAGGGACAGGAAGCGCAGUCACUCCCGCUCCCCCCGUCGCAAGCCCAGCCCCGUCGCCGCCUCGCCCCCUCCCGCGCCGCCCAAAAACCUGCAGGAGCCCCUGCCGGAGCCCGACCAAUCACAGAGCGCCCAGCCCCAGCCGCUCAUACAGGAGGCCUCCUCCACCAGUGACGUGUUGAAGGAGGUGAAGCCGGAUUCCGCACAGGAGGCGAAGGAGGCGUUCCCGGAGGCGGGGGUGCAGAAGGAGGAGAAGGCGCGGCCGCGGGAGCGGGAGAAGGACGGGCGCAGGGACAGGCCCCGGCACCGCUCCAGGUCCCGCUCCAAAUCCCGCUCCCGCUCCCGGUCCCGCCGCAGACCCCGCUCCCGCUCCAGGUCCUACUCCCCCCGGCGGAGGCAGAGCCCCCGGAGGCGCGGCUCGCCCCGCAGACGGAGCCCCCCCAGACGGGGCCCCCCUGCUCCCCGGCACCGCCGCAGCCGCUCCCCCGUCCGGAGGAGGCGCUCUCCCUCACCGUCAUCCUCCGGCAGCUCGUCCUCAUCCUCCUCCCGCUCACCACAGAAAAAGGCCGCGAAGAGGGUGUCCAAUACCCCCCCUCAUAAGACUCAGCGGGCUGACCUCCCCGCCAGCCCCUCCAGGAGGCGAGGACGAACCCCCCCACCCACCGGCGGGAGCUCACCCCCAAAAGGCCGGCGCUCCCCCUCCCCUCGAACCAGGAAGAGCCGCCCCUCUGACUCUCCCUCCAGGUCCUCAGGUGCAAAACGCAAGCCAGGAGCCAAGAACGAGUCCCCCUCCCCCGUCCCCAAACCCAGACGAUCGGAGCAGUCCGAGUCCGAGGAUGAUAAAGGUGGGAAAGGGGCUGCAGCAGAUUCAGUGCAGCAGCGACGGCAGUAUCGCCGGCAGAAUCAGGAGUCUUCCUCAGAGACGGGAUCUUCCUCUUCCUCAGAAGACGAGGGGCCGAAGAGGCCGGGCGGGCCGGGCUCCGGGGCGGGGGCCGGGGGGGCGCCUGCCCGAAACGGGGAGGUGAAGAGGCGACACAGCCACUCCCCCUCCUCCCCCAGGAGGCGUCACAGAGACUCCUCCCCCAGGAACGCCGCCGGGAAGAGGUGGCAGUCUCCCCCACCAAACAGGAGAAGACGGACCCCUUCUCCCCAGGCACGGCGACACCGUUCCCCCUCCCCGCCGCGGCGACGCAGGUCCCCCUCUCCUCCGCCCAGACGCAGGUCUCCCUCCCCCCCUCCUCGCAGACGUUCCCCCUCCCCCAGACGUUACUCUCCCCCCAUCCAGAGGCGCUACAGCCCCUCCCCCUUACCCCCCCAGAAGCGUAGGGUAUCGGGCUCGCCCCCUCCCAAACGCCGGGCGUCCCCCUCCCCGGCCCCCAAGCGCCGCUCCUCCAGGUCCCCCAAACGCAGGAGCCCCCCUCCCGUCAAGAGACGCACCCCUCCCGCCUCCUCCUCCUCGCCUCCGCCCCGGUCCAGGAGGAGCCCCCUGCUGCCCUCCGCCCGCCCGGGACGGGACGCCCGCUCCCCCCGCCUCUCCCCCUCCCCCGCGGCCAGGGGGCGGGGCCAGCGAACGUCCUCCAGCCCCCAGGGCCGGCACGGCCCCGCCUCCACCACCCCGCCCCCCCAGCGGCGACAGCAGUCUCCGUCUCCUAGCAACAGACCCAUCCGCAGGGUCUCACGGACUCCGGAGCCCAAGAAAUCAAAGAAGACGUCUCCCAGCCCCCAGCCGGUGAGGAGGGUGUCCUCUCGCUCCCCGUCGGGCUCCCCGGAACCAGCCGGAAAAAAACGGCCCGCCUCUGCGUCCCCCUCCCCGUCCCGCUCCGCCAGCGGCUCGCCCGCGCCCCCCGCCAAGAAGGCCAACAGCGCCUCGGCCAGCCCCUCCCCGAACAAGAACUCCGACACCGAAGCCGGAGGCAAGAAGAAGAAGAAGAAGAAGGAGAAGAAACACAAAAAGGACAAGAAACACAAAAAACACAAGAAACACAAGAAGGAGAAGGGCGCUGUGGUGACCCCCGCAGGGGACGUCCCGGAGGAGGUGGGGCUCGAGGGCGACCCCGAUUCGGAUCCCAAAAAGGACUCAGACAGUGAAGUAGAGGACAGUUUGGAUGACCUGGAGAAGCACCUACGGGAGAAGGCUCUUCGGUCCAUGCGGAAGGCACAGACGUCCCCCUCCCAGUCCUGAGGGGGGCCGGGGGGGAAACGGGGCAGGGACAACAACGCACCCUUCCUCCUCCUGCUCCUCGUCCUCCUGCUCCUCUGGAAUCUUCCAUUCUCCCUUUUAAGUUUGUCAUGGUGAUCUGGUUGAGCUUUAGAAUGUACAGUGCUGUUUUCUCCUUUGGGGGUGGGGGGGGGGGGUUUGGGAUGGGGAAUUUAACAUGGAGUUUCAGAAGUAGUUUUUUUUUUGGGGUGGGGUGGGGGGUGGGGGCACUGAGUCUGUUUAAGUCCCUUGUUUUGUUUUGCAAAUCAGAUUGGAAGUUAACUGUCUUUUUUUGGGAAAUGUGGGAGCCCUGUGCAGGUUAGUUUGCAUCCUGGCAGCCCAUCCCUCUGCAUCUGUGAUCAGUGACCUUUAGAGGUUUUUUUUUUUUUUUUUUCUUUUUCUUUCCCCUCUGCAUGUUUGCAGCAAAGCACUGAGAUUUGUAUUUUUUUUGGGGGGGUGGGGGGAUGUGUCCUUUUUUCCCCUGAUACGCAUGAAAAGAAUAGUUAUACAAAGUUAAAUCCACUGAGCUGUUCUUUUUUUUUUUUUUUUGUAGUGAAUGAGAAACCUGGAAAUGUAGCUGAAACUGGCUAUGAAAUCGAACCACAUGGAAGUUUUUUGUGUUUGCCCCCCCCCCCCCCCCCCCCCCCCCAUAAAAAUGACUGGGAGGAAAAAAAACUGUUCCAAAUUUGGUGUUGCGAGCACCACAGUGUGGAGACCCUGCUGGUGGUGCAUAGUUUUGCUCUAGACUACCCUCAGUAAGUCCAUUUACAGUUGUAAGUUUUUUUUUAGUUGACAAAUGCUAAAUGAUCCACAACUUACCAUUUUUUUGGUUUUGUUUUGUUUUGUUUCAAGCUGUUAGUCCGUGGGAGUACAUUGGACCUGUAUUUAAAUAUCCUGCUCUUGUCAUUUUUUGGAAAUUAAGAUUUUUUUAAUGAAAAUAAAUGUUGUUGAAUUUAUUUUUCCUGCUUACCUACCCCCCCACCCCCCUUCUCCCAGAAAUCCAAAUGUGUAGUGCGCACUGUAGGCAAACUCACAAUGAGCCAGAAUACAUCACGUUAGGUCUAAACUAUUUGUAGGCUUUGCGUGAGGCCAACCACUGUGAAGGUUCAAAACAUUUUUUUCCAAAACAUUUUCGUUUAAAAAAAUAAAAUAAAAUAAAUUUUAAAAAAUAAAAUCAUAAAUUCAGUAAGUGUUCAGUUAUAGGAGGUUGGUAGAUUUAAGGAACUUCUGAUAGUUGUGGGAGGAUACCUACUUUAGACACGAAGCUGAUUUCAGAGCGCAAGUUGUCUCGCAUUUCAGCAAUUGUAAGCACUGAAAUGAGACGAAGUAGCAUUUUAUAUAUUUACCCCUCUACCACUAUUGGGGGUUUUAUCUCUUGACUUCCAAUUUCCACUAGGUGGCGCUUUGUACAAAUACAUAGAAUUGAAGUAGCUCUUAAGUGCUGCUUUUAGUCUUGAUUCCCAGUUUUUGUCUAUCUCCGAGUGAGCGAGCGCGAAGGAGAGGAAUGCAGAAUGCACCAAUCAAAAAUAUUUUUUUUCCACAAUUUCUGGUAAAAUUUUAGGGGGAAAUAAGAUCAUGUGAUUCAUUAACUGUUGUAGCUUCUUGGGGGUGAAAAAAGCCCUCGCCCCAAAAAUGAGACCUGGUAUUUUUAUUUUAAAAAACCUAUGGAUGUAUUUCAAAAUGAAAUGCCAGAAUAAAUGUGACGUUUGAGCUUU